AUGGAGAAGGGGACCUUGGCAGCGCCCGGCUGGCGAGAAGGACCAAAGAGCGCUGACGUGGACCACCGCAUCUCUGCAAGGCGAUGGUUUAAAUGUACGUGCUUUGCGGAGUCAGGUAAAGACGAGCCCAGCAGCUACACGUGUACGACUUGUAAACAGCCUUUCAACAGCGCCUGGUUCCUCUUGCAGCACGCACAGAACACGCACGGCUUACGGAUCUACCUAGAAAGCGAGCACGGCAGCCCCCUGACGCCACGGGUUGGUAUCCCAACAGGACUAGGUGCAGAGUGCCCUUCCCAGCCACCUCUCCACGGGAUUCACAUUGCAGACAAUAACCCUUUUAACCUGCUCAGAAUACCCGGCUCGGUCUCGAGGGAGGCGUCGGGGCUGGGAGAAGGGCGCUUCCCACCCACGCCGCCCCUCUUUAGCCCUCCCCCGAGGCACCAUUUGGAUCCGCAUCGCAUUGAGCGCCUGGGUGCGGAAGAAAUGGCUCUGGCCACCCAUCACCCUAGUGCCUUUGACAGGGUGCUGCGACUGAACCCCAUGGCGAUGGAGCCCCCCGCUAUGGAUUUCUCCCGGAGGCUGCGGGAGCCGGCCCAGGCCGGCAACCCCUCCAGCCCGCCCUUGUCCCCGAGCCGGCCCAGCCCUAUGCAAAGGUUGCUGCAGCCCUUCCAGCCCGGCAGCAAGCCCCCGUUCCUGGCCACGCCGCCCCUUAGCCACACCGGGUAGAAGCCCUACAAGUGCAACCUCUGCGACCACGCCUGCACGCAGGCCAGCAAGCUGAAGCGCCACAUGAAGACCCACAUGCACAAGUCCUCCCCCAUGACGGUAAAGUCGGACGACGGGCUCUCCACCGCCAGCUCCCCCGAGCCGGGCACCAGCGACCUGGUGGGCAGCGCCAGCAGCGCCCUCAAGUCCGUCGUGGCCCAG